UGUCAAGACUAUGCCUAUGACUGUCAGGAGGACAGAGAAAAUUCCAUAUCGGUUCUACAUAGCACUGCACGAACCAUUAUGGAUUUGUCGAAUCACUGCACUCUUAAAACGAAUGUGUUGUCCUUAUCUAGAGAGAGGUGUUAAAAAAAACGACGCAUUGUUUUCAACGCAAACCGUGUUAUUUUCAACACAUAUUGUGUAACAAAUUAAAAAAAAGAGGAAACAACACAAACUGGACACGGAGGUGUGUUAAAAACAACGCAAGUUGUGUUGUUUUCAACACAUUCGUUUUAAGAGUGUGUGCUAUCAAGUAAUCAGUCAUCCAUGUAGCAUAAAACUCCAUACCUGAAGGUCCCAAGCAUCCUCUGUAUUUGCCCUACUAUCCUCAGUUGUCUGACUACUUCACCCUGCGUCCAUGCACUGCAUCCUCUGUCGGCUAGUAUUUGUGUGAUCGGUUUGCCAUUUGCUCAACCAACAUUGUCGAGGCCAUACACGUGAUUGAUGAACGGCCUGAAUUUAAAUACCGUGUUAACGACAUUCUGUCACCCACAGUCCAGUCAAGGGGAGCACCGGUGCCGGCCACUCACUGGUUGACCUGACUCACGUGACUGUCACAUUUUAUUCAUAUCAUCCCCGUGAGGUCUCUUACCAACAUUAUCUGAUUAACAAGAGCGGACGUUGACUUAGUGCGACCUCGCACAAGUGUCCAGACAUUAAUUAGAGUUGGGUCCUCUCGACGGUCAGUGUGUCAUUCAUGCAAUGCCACGAUGAGCACGUUCUUAGAUUAUACAGUAAUGGGUGGAGGAGAUGCUGGUGGCGCGUGCUCCGUGAGAACAUUCCACGCAGAUCAUGGAAUUACAACUUUUCAAUCCUGUGCUGUUGCGGUGAGUAAUUGUGUCGGGGAAGAUCGCUUCCUUGCAGGUAGAACAUCUCCGGACACAGGGCCCGUGUCUCAUGUACAACAACCUGGCUCCUAUCAGUCUCCCAGUAGCUCGCUGAGCAUUGCGUAUGGCACGCACGCGGGCUAUGGCACGCAGGGCUUUUGCUCAAGUUACAACCAUUACGCGCUGAAUCAGGAAGUAGACACAGCAGUUGGUCUUGCACAGUGCGCGCCCAUCGUUUACUCCGGGAACAUAUCCUCGUCAGUGGUGCAGCAUCACUCCCACCUCACGCAUCGGCAAGGUUACAGCGGCGGCAGCGCACAUCUGCACGGACCCCUCCAGUUCGCUGCUCACACGUCGUGCGGCCAUGGCCAAGAGCAGCCCAGCUUAGCCCUCCUGACAGCAGGCUGCUCAAACGCCUUGUCGCCUUUGAACGCGAGCCACCACGAUGCGUGUUGCCCAUCGCUGACAGAAAGCGCUUUCAACGCCCAGACAUUUGACUGGAUGAGGGUGAAACGGAAUCCACCGAAGACAGGGAAAGCAGGGGAAUUUGGCUUCAGUGGGCAGCCCAAUACCGUCCGCACAAAUUUCACCACCAAACAGCUGACAGAGCUCGAGAAGGAGUUUCACUUCAACAAGUACCUUACCCGUGCGAGGAGAGUGGAAAUCGCAGCUGCGCUCCAGUUGAACGAGACCCAGGUUAAGAUCUGGUUCCAAAACCGGCGCAUGAAGCAAAAGAAGCGUGAGAAAGAGGGAAUGCUCCCUAAAUCACCGUGCAACACCGGGAGCAGCCCAGGAAAAGGCGAUGAUGGAUCGGAAAAGUCUCUCUCUAGCCCAUCUACACCAUCUCCUGUAUCCUCCAGUUGAAGUUCACAUGCAUUUGUCCGUUUUCAGACGCCCUUCGCAUGAUAAUCAGCACGAGGAGGUAGAACACUUCCUCCCUGAUGCGACAUAAAUUAUUGUAGAAAAGAAGAACAAUCAUGGAACACAUGUAUCAUAUGGGAUUAGAUACUUGUACAUUUAUACCAAUGCUGGCUGAGCGUGCAGUUGCUGUUUUGUUUGUCGAUUGCUGUGUACACUGUUCAGGUCCGCCUUUUGACUGUUUUCUGUGGUAGGCUGAUAAUGCCUGUUGCGUGAGGCUUCAUUGUAACAUAACACUGAGUUUUAUCAGUCGCAGAGGAAAAUACUUUUAUCUUUGUUAAAUCCUAUGAAUUGCUUUAACCAAAGAUUACGGGUCAGUGUCUAAAUUAAACGUCUGUUUGUUGCUAUGAAAUAGA